UCCGAGGCUGGGCUAGGAAUCCGGAGAGGAGAUUUUCCUCAUGCUCACCGUUGCUGGAAACUGGAAGAGGGAGAGGAAGGAGCACCGGGAUCCGUGGCGCUCUCUGUCAGCUACCAGCCCGACCAGGGGAGGGGGCACCAAGAUUUGCAUCUUUUCCUCGUAGUGAUUGAGAACUGCAGGUUCAAGCCGAUCCCACGGAGUACUGGCGAUUGAUUAUAAAAAGGAAACCGACCCUGGGAACAGGAGGCUCUGUCUUCGGCUGUCAGACUCAAUCUCGGAGGUGGUAUUGGUGUGGGCUACACAAUGGCAGUCUUCUCUCAGUGAGAUGAAUCCUGCUUUGCCUUGGGCAGACCCACCCAUCCUCAUAGCGAUCAAGUAAAAGGCUAUGGUUUUCUCUUUGGGGAUCUUUUGUGCAUUACCGCUCUCCCUGAUUAGUUCUGGUCUCAGUUGGGAUUUCUUGGCUUUUUUGUUUGUCUUCAUGCUGAAAAAGGAUUUUUCCCCCAACCCUUUUGUAAGCAUCCAGUGGUGAACGCGGGGGACAAACCAUUCACCCUGGCCGAAAAAAAACAAUCACUGAGAAGUCUCAAAGAAAUAUACCACGUGAGGGGAAAAAACUGGGAGAAGAUUCGGAAUAUUAUCGUUUUUCCUAUGGUAAAAACGGUGCCCCUCUUCAGAAGAACUGAUUUCAAAUUAUUAUUAUGCAACCACGAGGAUCUCUUCUUUCUCAGGGUGUCUAAGCUGCUGGAUUGCUUUUCGCCUAAAUCAAUGUGGUUUCUUUGGAACAUUUUCAGCAAAGGAACGCAUAUGCUGCAGUGUCUUUGUGGCAAGAGUCUUAAGAAAAACAAGAACCCAACUGAUCCCCAGCUCAAGGGUAUAGUGACCAGGUUAUAUUGCAGGCAAGGCUACUACUUGCAAAUGCACCCCGAUGGAGCUCUCGACGGGACCAAGGAUGACAGCACGAAUUCUACACUGUUCAACCUCAUCCCUGUGGGCCUCCGUGUGGUUGCCAUCCAGGGCGUGAAGACAGGCCUGUACAUCGCCAUGAAUGGAGAAGGUUACCUCUACCCAUCAGAACUUUUUACCCCUGAAUGCAAGUUUAAAGAAUCUGUUUUUGAAAACUAUUAUGUAAUCUACUCAUCUAUGCUGUACAGACAACAGGAAUCUGGUAGAGCCUGGUUUUUGGGAUUGAAUAAGGAAGGGCAAGUUAUGAAAGGAAACAGAGUAAAGAAAACCAAGCCAGCAGCUCAUUUUCUCCCCAAGCCAUUGGAAGUUGCCAUGUACCGAGAACCGUCUCUGCAUGACGUUGGAGAAACGGUCCCGAAGGCCGGGGUGACGCCGAGUAAAAGCACAAGCGCGUCGGCCAUCAUGAAUGGCGGCAAACCAGUCAACAAAAGAACCGGAGUUGAACGCCGUCCCCGGGUCUGGCUGCGUUCCGACUCACCCCAGCCGAGCAUGGGCAAGGGCCUGUUGUGUUCCUUUUCUGCAGCAGCAAUGCAAACGUUAGUUCUAAAUUAGACUUUACUAUUUUUGGUGUUCGAUGACAAGUUUUUAAACUGGACCUAUGAGGGGAAAAAAUAUUUUUUGAGCUCAGCAUUGCUGAGUCGGGUAUUGUGCAUCACCAGUCCACGCCCCUGGCUCUGCCCCGGCAGCCGGGGGGCCCAGAGGCUGGGUGAGGGGUGCCUUCCCGCCACCGCGGAAUGCGGUCUGUAGAGCUGUCUAGGUCCAGCUAAACGCCAGCCCACGCAUUCGGCCAUCAGGUUUUCGGCCCAUCCCAUCGAUUUGAUUUUGUUUUCUGUGUUUUCUUCGGAAUUGAAGCCUGCUGAACUCUGAGCUCUUGAAGGGCCAGGAGUUGCUGACCAUCGGCGGCCAAGAAGCCUCGGCAGCUGUUCAGGUUGGGUGGAAGGGGUUUCCGAAUGUUCAGUGCUCAACUGUUUGGAAAUCUAUUUGUUAACUGUAUGUGUACUUAAUAAAACUCAAUGUUUUCUUCUCAAAAGAGUUCACUGAGACCAAAUCUAACCUCAUUUACAGAAAACUUGAUGUGGGACGGUACCGGGCCUCUUGUAACUCUGUCCAGGGGAGGGUGACCCGCCACCUCGCCCCCCACCUGCACUGUAUUUCCUGGGAAAGUCUUUUGCCACUGCUUUCCUACGUCCACACGACAGCCCUUGCCCAGCAUCAAAAAUGUUGGCCUGCUUAGCUGAUUAAAGAUUUAGUAUCAAUUUAACUGUUAAUGCUUCUUUCAUUUUCAUAUUGGAUUCCAUUUUAAUAAAUAAAAAGUUAGCAUAACGUUUGAGUACAUUUAUUGUCGAUGAUGCUGAAGAACAAAUACAAGAUGAUUCUCUGACCCCUCAUGACUUCUCUCUCUUUCCAUCCUUUACAAAUCCAUCAUUCUUAACAAAAUAAGUUAAAAAACACUAGAAUCUCAUUAUCCGACUAGUAUGGUUUAUUGAUGGAAUACUGUAUUUGAUAAUGUACGACUAACUAUAAAUAAUAUAACUUGAAAUUCCAGUUAGAGGGGCUUAUAGCCACUGUUUGCCCCCCCACACACGUGCACACAUUUACACCACACUCACACAUCAAACAACCCCACCUAUUUCUCACCUUGUCAGCUCUACUUGCUAAAUUCUUUUUCCCCUGCUAGCUUGGUUAAACUUAAGACAGGCUUUGUGUUUGUAAGUUCUGAGAGUUCUGUAAAUGUGCACUUCUUGUAUGGUUUUUAUUUUAUUUUUUUUAACGACUCAUCUGUAAGGGGAUCUAUCCCCGUGAAACGAUGUCGACAUACCUUCUACUACUCUAUGUUUAGACAUAUCGCAGAGGGGCUUUGUGACCUGUGAUUUAGUUAGACCAUUUUCAUGUUGUGUCUGGUCUCACCAUUGCAUGGGGCGAGGACAGGUCUGAUGACUGCAUGCAAUGGGACCUGCGUAUUAAGAACUGUCGGUCUGUAUUACUCGACUUACACACAAAGUCAGUCUGUAUUGUACAGUUUCUUUGUCCAGUAUGAUUUGUUGUAUUCAAAAAUACAACAUGUUGAAUAAAAUAUUUAUAUGAGGCCUAUCAAGAAACAUCAAACAUCUUUAUGUAACAAAUGGCAUUGCAUCCCCACGUAGAGAGAAGUAUCAUGUAAACAAGCUGGUAAAUUCAUUUGCCCCUUUUAUCAUGCCAAAGAAAAUUUUAGCUCUUUGAUACCUCUCUUGCGAUAUUUUGGGGAUAAGACGCCAGCAUUUUCCCCUCAAAAACUACGUUUGUUGUUAUUAAAAUAAGUGCAAUCCAUCACUCUUGAUGUUCUGUGUGGUAACUCUGAUGGAAUUCAUUUGUACUUACAGUCUGUGUGUUCUGUAUUUCCAUGGACAUGAGUCAGUUUCAAAUAUCUCAAAUAGCACAUUCCUUUUGCACACAUAGCUGGUGUGGGCGGGUUGUUUCUACUGAUUUCUUGUGGUAGCUGAUUGUUUUGCCCACCCCAUCGUCCCUCAACAAUGCUCGGGAAUGUGCAUUGUUUUGGCAUUUCAAGUAACACCGCUUUUGUUUGUUUUCUGAAACGAUUUGUCACAACUUUACUUGGUAAAUGAUAGGAGAGAUGCACAUGGCCUGCCCAUGUAAAGAGUGAACUGGAGUUAAGCAUUAUUUCAAGACAAACCCUGGAGAUGUAAAUGCUCACUCAGAAUGUCUGCUCGCCUUGAGUGUUUGUGGGAGUGACUUCCAGAGCUUUACAGUGGUCCAGAAAACUCCUGCCCCUGGUCUUUCCAGUUACUUGCCCCUUGCAGAGUGAGCCAAAUGUCAUGAUCACACCUAAGCUAGCCGCUUAAUUAAAACCAUCUUUUUUUUUUUUUUCCUUCAGCAUGAACAAUAUUGGUUUUAGUUCUCUUUUAAGAGAUGAACAAGGGUGCGGGGGGGAGUGGAGUAUUUCUUUAAUUUAGACAUGUAUCUUUUCAUGUAAAGUUUUCUCCCUGCUACGACGGUGAUAAUUAAUAUUUGCUAGAGAGACCAGAAUGGGACUGUGACUGCCUAGGAAAUCCGUCUUAAAAGAUGAAAAUUAUUUUCAAAUUUCUUUCAGAAAAAGAUUAUCCAGAGAAAGCAGUUGAGCUAAAAAGGCAGAGAUGUCAAGAUCCAGAUUCCAGAUGUAAAUUAUAUUACUGUGACAAAAUACCUUUGGGGUUUUGAGUUUCUUAGCUCAGAAAGGGAUACCCAGAGCCUGGUGACCCUCUUGAAUAGUAGUUAGGGUUUCAAAGUCUGACAAUGAC